GGCAAGAUGGCGACGUCCGCGGCGACGGAGCUCCCGGCGGGGGAGGCGGCGGCCCAGGCCCGCCUCAGCAAGAACGAGCUGAAGAGGCGCCUGAAGGCCGAGAGGAAGGUGGCCGAGAAGGAGGCCAAGCAGAAGGAGCAGAGUGAGAAGGCGGCGGCGACGCCCCUGCCGGCCUCCGACGAGGACGCCCUGGACCCCACCCAAUAUUACAAGAUCCGCAGUCAGGCCAUCCAGCUGCUGAAGGGCACACCUGAAGAUCCCUAUCCGCACAAGUUCCACGUGGAUCUGUCACUUACAGAUUUUAUAGAGAAGUAUAGCUAUCUGAAGGCAGGGGAUCACUUGACUGACAUCACAGUGAGUGUGGCAGGUCGGGUCCAUGCAAAACGUGCCUCAGGAGGGAAGCUGAUCUUCUACGAUCUUCGUGGAGAGGGGGUUAAGUUGCAAGUUAUGGCAAACUCCAGAAACUACAAAUCUGAAGAGGAAUUCUUGUGUAUUAACAACAAGCUUCGCCGUGGAGACAUUAUUGGGGUUCAGGGGAACCCUGGGAAGACAAAGAAAGGGGAAUUGAGCAUAAUUCCUUCUGAAAUCACCCUGCUUUCUCCAUGUCUUCACAUGCUGCCUCAUCUUCAUUUUGGGCUCAAAGACAAGGAAACCAGAUUUCGGCAGAGAUACCUGGAUUUAAUUCUUAAUGAUUUUGUGAGACAAAAGUUCAUUAUCCGAGCAAAGAUUAUAACAUACAUUCGAAAUUUCCUAGAUGAGCUGGGGUUUUUGGAGGUUGAGACUCCCAUGAUGAACAUUAUCCCUGGCGGGGCUGUGGCAAAGCCUUUCAUCACAUACCACAAUGAACUGGACAUGAACCUGUACAUGAGGAUAGCGCCAGAGCUCUAUCACAAGAUGCUGGUGGUUGGAGGAAUGGACAGGGUCUAUGAAAUUGGGCGCCAGUUCCGAAAUGAAGGCAUUGAUCUAACGCACAACCCAGAGUUCACCACUUGUGAAUUUUACAUGGCUUAUGCAGACUACCAUGACUUGAUGGAGAUCACAGAGCAGCUGCUUUCAGGAAUGGUGAAGCAUGUCACGGGUGGUUACAAGGUCACCUACCACCCUGACGGCCCUGAAGGUCAGGCGUACGAAAUAGACUUCACCCCACCCUUCCGGAGGAUCAGCAUGGUGAGCGAGCUGGAGCGAGUGCUGGGGGUGACACUCCCUGGCACGGACCAGUUUGAAACGGAAGAGACCCGCAAAUUCUUUGAUGCUCUCUGCGAAGAGAGAGGGGUUGAAUGCCCUCCACCUCGGACUACUGCCCGGCUCCUUGAUAAGCUGGUUGGGGAGUAUUUGGAAGUGACCUGCAUCAACCCCACAUUUAUCUGUGAUCACCCUCAGAUCAUGAGUCCCUUGGCCAAAUGGCAUCGCUUUCAGCAGGGGCUGACUGAGCGUUUUGAGCUGUUUGUGAUGAAGAAGGAGGUGUGCAAUGCGUACACGGAGCUGAACGACCCUUUUCGACAGCGCCAGCUCUUUGAAGAUCAGGCUAAGGCCAAAGCUGCUGGAGACGAUGAGGCGAUGUUCAUUGACGAGAACUUCUGUACGGCUCUCGAAUAUGGGCUUCCCCCGACAGCUGGCUGGGGCCUGGGCAUCGACCGCCUCACCAUGUUCCUCACCAACUCAAACAACAUUAAGGAGGUGCUGCUGUUUCCUGCCAUGAAACCUGAGGAUAACAAGAAGGAGGCGGAGCCACCUGCCGAGGGCACCUCCGUGUGA